GAUUACUGGAGGGCUCCAUGUUGCUCCCUAGGAGCGCGCACUAAAGGCGGUCAGACUUCAGCACGCGGCGCGCGUCUUCAGCAGGACCGACUGAAGUGACCGGUGUAACUGCGCCUGAAGGAUCUGAGAUAAACGCGCUCACUCACAGGCAUGAAAUAGAAACGUAAUCACCAUCUCCGGGAUGCCUGGACUGCUGCAGUCACCAGCGUGAACUUUGGAGACUCCGAUGGCCAAAGUGCGCCCUGAAUUCAAACCGGAGACGCUGCAGUAAGUUUGUGGACGACUGCGAGCCGUGUGAGGAGAACCAAACCACACCUGAGGGCGAGAAGACCCAGACUGUCCUAUUGAUCCGGAUUAGACAUCGAAAUUUCCCUCAAAGAAGUCUUUCCAUGUAAAUGGAGCCCGGAUAAGGCGGGGACGCUGGUUCGUCUGGGUUUAUAGCCUCUCCACAGCGUGCCUGCCUCAGUUAUGGCAGCAGGGACACGUCCAUGAGUGAGCUUCAUGGGUCAUCAUCUGGACCACUUUGACAACGACUGGUGCUGCUGCUAGCCACAACAUCUUUCACUAUCCUCCCCAUAUCGGCUUUCAACCCAAUGCUACAUUAUUCAUAUCAUGGGAUGCGUCAAAUCCAAGCACAGCGAUCCCACUCAGAACUCCGGCUCAUCGGAGAGAGUGGACGGCAGGCCGGGAAAGAAGAGAGGGGAGAAGGCCGUGCUGGUAUAUGCAGAGACGGGCCCGGCCGAGGACUCGCCCCGGGUCAACCCGGUCUUGUUAGACUACGCCCAGAGGCUGUCCGAGGAAAUUGUAGCGCGGGCCGUGCAGCAAUGGGCCGAGGUGGACAGCCGCUACAGCGACAUCCCCUACAUCGAAUGUGACCUGCCAUGAAGGCCAGAAACAGUGUCAUCAGACCACUCCAACAGAAGGCUUUCCUGUGGUCAGGAGAGCCACUGGGACUGACCAAAAGCAGGCCAGGGGAGUCAACUUGCAGGAUUGCAAGAAGAAAUACUGUUUGGUGAUUGGACACCCUUUUGUAAACACAUCAUUCGUACAACUGUCUGCCUGGGAAAUGGCAUUGUGGCAUUAUUCUGGCCUGGUCAGCUUUUCAGUAUAGUUGAGUCAGUAUGUGACUUUGCAAAAGAAGCAAGAGAACUGCUAUCAAAGCACCAGAAUGCCUCUGUAAUUGUUUUUCUUUUUUCAUUUUCCUUAUCAGUACGACGUGUCAUAUUCAGAGCACGGUCUUUUAAUUGGCGAGCCAAGGCAAAUGUGCAGAGGCCAAAAUGACGCUGCUCCCAAUGGCGCUAUUAAUAGGCCUUUCUCUUUGGUCUCUGCUUUUAGAUCAUAGUCUCUGUGUUUGCUUGGAUCAGCACACAGAAUCACAGAUUUCAUUGUCUUUGCAGUGGUAUUAGGGAGCAGCAGGACAAUGGAAAAAAGUAAUGCGUUGAAUUCACUUGGUGCAAAUGUGUAAAACAUUUCCACAUGGAUAAAAUGUGUUGCAUCAAACACAAGUAAACAAAGACAAAAGUGUGUUAAGUCAUAUAUUUUAUUCAUGUGGAAAUGAUGUAUAAUGCUGUGCAAAGGCAACAGACCACCCACCAUUUAUUUCCAGCCAAAAGGGCCAUCAACAACUAAAUACACUAUCAGAUUUUUCAGUAUUUAGUGUGUCCACCAUUUGCCUUUAUUACAGCUUCCUUUCAUUUUCAGACCUGCUUUCAGUUUUUCCACACCUCCAAAGUUCAGUCUUAGAAGUUGGUUGCAUUUUCUGCUUCUCAUCGUCCAAGUAAUCCCGAACACAUUCAGUGAUGUUGAAGUCUGGACUCUGGAGUGCCCAGUCCAUUGUUCUGGGAACACCAGCAGCUUCUUUGUCUGAUUUUCAAAUGUUUGAUCUGUUUGAUGGUGGUCUACCAGGUCUUGGACAGUUGUUAGUAGUCUCAUCGUUUAACGCCAAUUUUGGAAACUCCUGUUUUUUCACUCAUCUUUAUUUGACUUUCCUCUUCUUUAUGCAAGAGGAUGAUCUUAUAUUUAACCCCUUCAGAAAUAUCUUGCACUUAAUGGUAAUUUUGACCGGCAAGUACAUAUACGAAGGGAAGGGUGGUCUCUGCCUUUUGCACAGUACUGCACACUUUUGAACUGAAUAAAUUAAAAACAUUUCUUUAUUCAUUGUGCUGGGAUGAUGCAUUCUCAGUAAUAGAGCAGGAAGCGUUUGCCAGACCCUUCACUGAAAAGAUGCAGAUGGCACAUUUUUCAUCAUGUCGUUGCCCCUUUUGUGAGUAGGAGCGCUGGGAUACUAAAUUAAGGAUCUCAUGGACACUGAGACCAAAUACUCUAAAGGGUGCGUUACUACAGCAGUGCAAACGUAAGCCAUCAGGUACAGGAUCUGCCCUGUGCCCCUAUAACAAGAGGUAAUACAUUUAAAGGAAUGAAUUAGGGAAAUAUACAGCUGUAAGUAGAUCUCUUUUAAUUUGGUGUUUUACAGUCUGUGCAGAUCAAAUAAUGCUUCUUAUAGGUGGAGGAAUCUCUUCUGCUGUCUUGCACAGAUUGCUGCCGCUCAAAAUAUGCAAACCUCAGAGGCCAUGCCAUGUCAGAGGAAUUCAUGCCAACUUAAAAAUAGCUUUGUGCUAUUAAGACUGCCGAACUACUAGCUGAAACGCUUAGGUACGGGACCACAACAAGCCAGAGUCCUUAACGAGUGGUAAUACAAGCACAAUCCGCUCUUUUGAGUGGGAUUUUAGGCAAGUUCUUAAUGAAGUGUGCCAUGAUGACCUAAAGUUACCAAUGUCCCUUUAAAUCCAAAUGAUGUCUACACAAACCACAAGUGUUUUGAAUCAAGAGAGGGCUGGGAUUUGCUUAAGAUAUCUACUGGAAUAAUAACAAAAGUGAUAGCCUGGUUGUUUCUGCAGGAGUAAUAAGAUGUCAAUUUGAGGCCUUUUUGUACAAAACCAGACCAACAGCAAGUCCAUUCCACUUUGGAACACACCUAGUAAAUCCUGGUUAAUCUCCAGGGGGUAUUUCACAAAGCAGGAUUACUCAGUUUAGCUAGAUAACUUAAGCCAAAUGUGUGGGUUGUCCAAUAGAAAUGCCUCUAAGUUUUCUUCUCCCGCUGAACAGGUUUGACUUAAGGCUUAGGUUAUCUAGCUAACUGAGAAAUCUUGCCUUGUGGAAGAACCCCCAGCACCAAUCUCAUUUUCAGCACUGUUUCAACAGUCAGCAGCUCUUAUAUUAAACUCUAAUAACAGGUAAAGAACAAAGAAACUACCAGGUUAGCUGAAUUAUUUUUAUUUUUUGUGGAAGGACACUACUGUGCUAGAUAAUACCAAGAAAGACCCCAACUGUCCAUAUGCUGUUUUUUGUCUUUUUGGCUUGUUUUUUCAUAUUCAUUAACAUAAUUCAGUAAGGACUGCAUUCUGAUUAUUAAAAUUCCAUCAAUUUUUCAGAAACUUCAAUCAUUGCAUAAUUCAAUUGUUAAGAUAUAAACAGAGUCAUUCAGAGUGGCUUGACGUGAAAUGGUUCAUUGUAGAGAACCUUACUGAUUCAGAUUUCUCUACAGUGGUGCUGAUAGGAACCAGCGGUCACAAUGUCUGUAACACAAACAUAGCUAUUUUAUUCACUCUCCAUGUUGACAGUGUUGAUAAUGGAGAAAUAGUGGUAGACUCAGACAUAAGGCAGCAUAUUCAUAACCAUAUCAUGUAAUAACUCUGUGUCUGGUUCACUAACAGUUCUCUAGGACUGAGCCUUUCACAUGAAACCACUCUGAAUGAUUUUGUUGAUGUCUUAAUGAUUUCAUUAGGCCGAAAUUUCAAAAGAUUGGUGGAAUUCCUCUUUAAUGGUCUUGUACUGAGCUCUAUGAUUUCAUCUACCUGAUCAACAGGAAACCUUAGUAUGCUUUUGCAGGUGUGUCAGACUGAAGCAGAUGCUGUCGCUCCUGUCCGAAGGCUAUCAUUUCAGUUUACAGUAAGAAAACUCGGUGUUGUAUCUGUGGUCAGCAGUGACUCAGCCUCACCUUUGUAAAUAACGCAAAGAGAAAAAGAGAACAUCAGUAAAUGAAGUCAAUGCAAAACAAUGUGACACCAAUAAAUGAAGUCAAUGCCUUCCGCUGAA